AUGUCGUUGAUCAUGGCCACCUUCGUAACCCUUGCUUCGUGCUUCACCCCUGCUCCUUGUGCAGCGGCGACAGUCUCGGCGCCGCGUCCACUGCGGGGCAACUACACGCUGAUCUCGGCACAGGGCAAGUUCGAGCUCGGCCUCUUCAGCCCUGCCGGCAGCCUCGGCGACAGGUUCUACCUCGGGAUCUGGUACAAGAACAUCCCCGUCCAGACCGUUGUCUGGGUCGGCAACCGCGCAACUCCCCUCUCUGCCGUCGCAUCCGCCGAGCUCCGGGUGUCCGCCGCCGACGGCAACCUUGAGCUCGUCGGUCCCACCAGAGCCUCUGCCUUGCCGGUCGUCGUCUGGUCUUCGAACCUGUCUUCUUCGUCUAUGUCUUCAUCGCCCGGCAGGAACACAGCGGACAUCCGCGACAACGGCAACCUUGUCCUUGUUGACGGCGGCAACUCCUCCAACGUGUUGUGGCAGAGCUUCGACCAUCCGACGGACACGCUGGUGCCCGAAGCGUGGGUCGGGGAGAACAAGCUGACCGGCGAGUAUCAGGCACUGACGUCGUGGCGGAACGCCCAAGACCCCGCGCCGGGGAUGUUCUACGACACGGUGGACCCCAACGGCACCAGCGAAUUCUUCUUCAUGUGGAACAAGUCCCGCAUAUACUUUCGGAGCGGCAUCUGGACGGGGCGCAUCUUCGCAACCGCGACGGAGGCGACGAGGACCAUGCUCUACAACACGACGUACGUCGAGACGCCGGCGUACCGGCGCCUCACCAACGUCGUCUACGACAACGCGACCAUCACGCGCAUCGUGCUCGAUCUCACCGGCCAGGUGAAGGUGUACGUAUGGGUGCGCGCGAGGCAGAGCUGGCAACCCUUCUGGACUGCACCCGCCGUGCAGUGCGACGUCUACAAGCUCUGCGGCGCGUUCGGCGUCUGUGAUCAGAGGAGCCAGCUGCCAUGCCGGUGCCCGCCCGGGUUCGCUCCGGUGUCAGAGGAGGACUGGACGCUCAGCGACUGGAGCGGUGGCUGCCGCCGGCGCUCGCGGCUCACCUGCACGCACAACGGGUCGACGACCGAUGGGUUCCUAGCGUUGCCAGACGUGAAGCUCCCCGACGACUCACACGCCGUGGGUGCGGCCAAGAGCAAAGCAGAGUGUGAAUCAACUUGCCAAAAUAAUUGCUCUUGUCAGGCCUACGCCUUCUCUGCCGGGGGCGGGGGAUGCACUGUCUGGCAUGGAGAGAUCCGCAACCUUGAGCAGCUCUACGCUGAUUCCGGCGUCUCUGGCUCGGACCUCCAUCUCCGGCUUUCAGAAGCAGGAUUGCAAGAUCUUGGCGUCUCCGGCACAAACGGGAAGAAACGGGGGAGAACAUUAUGGCUUGUUCUUGGCAUCCCAUUGGCUGGUGUUGCAGCAUUCGGCGUGUCGGUAAUACUGGCCUGGAGGAUUCUCCAUGCUAGGAGAAGACGACUGGCAAACGAGAAGGGGUCCUCCUUGGUCGUGUACAGUUAUGGCGACCUUCGUGCCGCCACGAAGAACUUCUCGGAGUGGCUGGGCGGCGGCGGUUUUGGCUCGGUGUACCGCGGCGUCCUGAAGCAGCAGAAGGGAGACAACAGAACCCAGCUCCAGGUGGCAGUCAAGAAGCUGGAGAGCCUUGGGCAGCAGGGCGACAAGCAGUUUCGGACAGAGGUGAGCACGUUGGGCUGCAUCCAGCACGUGAACCUCGUCCGGCUCCUCGGGUUCUACUCGUCGGACGUUGAAAAGAUGCUCGUGUACGAGUACAUGCCCCGGGGCUCCCUCGACCGCUACCUCUUCGGCGGCGGCGCGAGCCCGAGCUGGCGCGAACGGUACAACAUCAUGGUCGGCGUGGCAAGAGGGCUGGCCUACCUGCACCACGGUUGUCACGACUGCAUCAUACACUGUGACAUCAAGCCGGAGAACAUCCUGCUAGACGAGGACAUGUCCCCGAGGAUCGCUGACUUCGGGAUGGCAAAGCUGGUGGGGAGGGACUACAGCCGCGCACUUACGACGAUGCGGGGCACCAUCGGGUACCUGGCGCCGGAGUGGAUCUCCGGGCAGCCCAUCAGCGCUAAGGCGGACGUGUACAGCUUCGGGAUGGUGCUAUUCGAGCUCAUCUCGGGCCGACGAAACUCCGACGGAUACAGCGAGGUGGAGGCGAUAGGGAGCUGGAGCAGUGAUUCGUGGACCUUCUUCCCUGUAUGGGCUGCGGGGAAGGUGGUGGAAGGGGAGGUGGCCGCCGUGGCAGACCCGCGGCUGCGCGGCAACGUGAGGCCGGAGGAGGUGGAGCGGGCGUGCUGGGUGGCGUGUUGGUGCAUCCAGGACCAGGAGGCGCAGCGGCCGACCAUGGCGCAGGUUGUGCAGGCGCUGGAGGGCGCCGUUCAGGUCAACGCGCCGCCGGUGCCGCGGGCGCUGCAGCACCUCGUCCACCCGGCGAGGCUGCACCAAUCUUCUUACACGCUGACCAAAAUUACACAUUCGGACUAG